CUUCCACGUCGCUCUUCCAUUGAGUCGCACCUGAAAUCUUGUCAUUCCUCAGAAACUCACUUGACUGAGACAGGUAUUUAGUCCUUUAAGCUCAUUUCUACAACAAAAGGUGUCCGUUAACCUCAAGAAGGAUGAAUAACUUCUGCAAAGCAGCGAUUGUCCUGAGUGCUUUUAUCGCAGCAGCACAAUGUCUGACCUGUCGUCAGUGCUACAUCGGUGUAUUUGGGACUUGUCUGUUUGGAAACGACGUCACGUGUAAUAAUGCAACUGAGAGCUGCUUCCGUGGAGAAGCACAGUUCAAUGCUACGGGAUCGCUGACCCUGCACAGCCGCGGCUGCCUGGACUCCGACCUGUGCGAGAAGACGCUGACUGGGAGCAUCCUGGGUGCUGGUUACACCAGCACUUUCCAGUGUUGUACAAAAGAUCUGUGCAAUGGAGCCACGUCCGUCCAGCUCCCUCUGGCUGUGGCCCUUUGUGCGGCCAUCCUGUCCUCUCUGUGGGGCAUGUGGGAGUUGUAGUUUUACAUGAUCUGCCUGUUUCCACAGCUCCCUAAGUGGAUUUAUUGUACGGCUACUGUGUCAUUAUCAUUAAAAUAACAAAAUGCAGUUUCGGGGCUAUAGCUAUCAUCGAAGACGCUGGGGUCUUGUUUUUCGUGAUUAUUUUAUUUUAUUUUGUGUUGUUUAUUUUAUGUAAGCUUAAGUGAUUUUUCAUUCUGCAGUUAUUGUGUUAGGUUGAUCAAAAAAUGAACAAAUUAGUAAAGAACUCAGUAAUUCAGCUCCAGAAUUUAACUCCUGGUAGGGCGGAGAGUGCUUCAGAAAAGCUUUGGGAAAGAAAACAGUAAUGUUUUAUUUUAGGCAUCCCUAAUUUCCUAAUAAUUUCUUGCAAUGUAAACUUGUAAAAAUAGAACAGUGUACUGAAAAAUCAAAACAGUUUUUUUGAUAUUUUUGAGAAUUUUUGUCUCUAAACCAUGGCCUUGAAGACACUGAUGAAAUCUAUUCAUGGAAAUGUGCAGUGACACUGCCGCAGAUCAUGAAUUAGUCAUAAAGUCUAAACUGAAGGGUGUGGGCCACAUGCAUGCUACAUGGAAAAGUCAAUAUUGUGAAACAGGGUGAACUGUUUUUCUUAAAAACACAACCAGUGGGCAGGAGAAGCUAUUAUUAUUCACACAGACACACAACAGGUGUGUUUGCACCUUUAACGAAUCCGGGGGUUUAAAAAGAUCGGUGCUGACUUGUUGUCAACACAGGCAACAUGGAGAUCUGUUUAAUCCUGUUUCACCACCCUACUUGAAGUAAUUUCAAAACCCUACAAUGCCCUCUAGUGCACAGUUCCACAACCUCUUCAUCUUGUCUACGUGCUAUGAAAAUAAGAACCUUCUGCACAAUUGACACCUCAGUUAUCUCAAAGUUUUAAACCCCCUUUAUGACUGACUUGAGAUUUUUUUUGCCAUUAAAUAAUAGUUAUCCACAACUUCAACAAACCUAAUCAAAAAGACUGAAAUCUCAACCAUUUCAAACAGCUGCCAGCUUUUCUCUGUACCUUUGUUUUUUCUUUUAAAAGUUUACAGCCUUCUCAUCUGUGUUGUCUUAAAUGUUGAAUGUAAAAGUUUGCUUGCAACUUAUGGAAACAGUUAAUAAGUAAAAUAAAAUAAAAUAAUACAAUUUUAAAUAAACUCUAAACAAUCUGUA